AUGCAGCAGCCCCAGCAACCCGCGGCGCCGCAGCAGGCCCAGCAGCAGCAGCAGCCCCAGGCGCCCCCGCAGCAGCAGCCGCAGCAGGCGCAGCAGGCGGUGAAAAUGUCUGCGAUGGAGCAGCUGAACCAGUACAAACUGCAGCUGGAGACCGACCUCGUCCGCGUGGAGGCGCAGAUUGCGGACAUGGAGCUCAAAUUCUUCCAAGCCGACCACUCUGCGGUCGCCUCGGUGGUCAAGACCCGCGCCGUGCCACGGCCGCAGCAGCAGCAGCCGCACCUGCACGCGCACGCGCACGCGCCCGGCCUCGGGGCCCGGCCCGCGCUGCCGCUGGAAAACGCGCACCAGGACACCCGCGCCGCCGCCGGUCGCGCCACCCAUGGUGCCUGCCCCAUCCCCUGGUGCACCAGCUUUCGGCAACCGAAUCGCUGCGCCGCGUCCGCGCUUGCGCAGGGCUUUGAGGCGCACCUCUCUUCGAAGGAGGCGCUGCGCAAGCGCGCCCUUCGCAGCUGGAAGCCCGAGGACCGGUGGUUCAGCCUAUCAAGCACCAGCUCCCCCGUGGCGCAGGAGUUGGCGGAGCAGGAAGCGGCAGAGCCGGCGCUGCAGGGCGGCUUUGGCAAGAAGGGGUACCCACCCGCCAAGGGCGCCUACCCCCAGAAGGGCAAGCGGUGA